GUAACACCACGUGGAUGUCAAAAUAUCUAAACUAGAGCUCUUAAUGCUACAUAAAACCAACUACACAUGUUUUAUACAAUCAAAUUGUUUUGGAUACGGCACAAAUAAUGGAUUCCUCUGUAGCAACCUUCCAAAUCUUAGCCGAUAUACGUCAACUCGGAUGCAACAACGAAAGCCUGUGUGCAGCGGCCUAUCGGCUUUAUCUAUACUUAUGUGAAGAACGCUAUCUGUGGGACGUUCAGUACCAUUACUCAAAACAGCUGGACGUAAUCUAUCUGACAGCACGUAGACACAAGGACUACCCUAAAACGGAUGUCUACAUUCCGGUGCCUUCUUUUUCGGCCCUUUCUAUGAUUGACAUAGAGAGAUAUCAAGCGGAGUUGGCAAUUCCAGGUACGGACAACCACCGAUGCAUUGUACUGGCCUUCUGCGAUCCCAGUUCAUCGGUGUUACUGUAUCGGAUGACCGAUACCAUGAUGUCCCUAGCCGAUAAACCAAUGUCCAAGAAUAAGUUGAUCAAACAAAAAGAAGAGGCACAAUGUAGUAGUAAACCUGAUUGAAAAUGAACAAAAAGCUUUUCAUUUCGUUGUAAAUUAUCACCUCGAUGCUGUAUUUCGACCGAAGCGAAAUAUUUCGAUCGAAUGUGGAAUUUCCAUUCUUUAUGUCGAUCGAGUGAGGUUUUUGUAUACAAAUUUAGAUUGAAAUAUAGAAUACAAGUUUAUUAUCCGAUCGAACCUCAAAAUAUCGGUAUUAAGAUAAAUGAAGAUAAGUUAAAUGUACUGAAAGAUUAUCAAAUUAUUUUUAUUAGGUUUUGCACAGUAACUGGUUUCGUUAUUACAUUUUCUGGUCGACUGAAAUAUUAUUCACGAAAGCAUGAGCAAAAUCAGAAAGGCAUUCAUUUGAGGGAACUAAUGGCAGAACGCAAAAAAAUUCGAUACUCUU